AUGAAUUCAUACGAUACACGCAACAUUAGGCCGGAGUCCCACUUGGAAUUCGAGCGCAGGCAUGCAGUACUUGAGCCGUAUAUAGAUCACAUAAAGAAUUUCAUGCUUAACCAUAUAGUGUACGAGCGAUAUGGUAUCGCGGAAGACGAUAUUUUUUUAUCAGUUGAGUGCGCCGCAUGGCUAUUGGGACGUUUCGAUAAAUUUACUAGGAUUGAUGUAUUAAUCGAUAUUAGACACCCGCAAGAAUUUAGGCUGACUGCGACGCCAGAAGCGUUCUUUGAUGGACUCGAGCGUGGGCUACCGAAAAAUAGUGAUUUCCCGGGCGAGCUUGAAAAUAUGUUUGGCUUAUCCAGCAUUAUCGUAAAUUAUCUCGAGAUGGAUAUAAGCUUUGUUUUCAUACACGGUACGCAAAAUUAUUUACUAGAACAUUUUAAUUUAUCGAUAUCGGCGGUACUUGUAAAUUUGUAUAACUUAUCGAUGGUGUACACCGCCGAAUGUCCGUGUGAUUAUGGUAGUGGACAGUGUAUGACCUCAUCUGAAACUCGUAAAAUGAUAUACCCGUUAUUAUUCGAAGCAUCAUCUGUCGUCCAACCAUCGGACAAAAAUAUAUCGAUGUGCACACGGGCAGUGACUACACCCUUGCGCCUUCACGGUAGAUAUCAUACGUUUCAGGAUUUUUUUCCAUCGUAUGGUCCGCGUAUGCAUUUACGUGAAUUUUUUUGUGACUAUUCAAUUUUCGCAAGGUGUGCCGAGCUUGUGAAUGCGCGCCGCGCGGAGUAG